UAGGUACAUAAUAAAUGUUUUUGGACUGACUGGCUAUCUUAUGGCUUACCUGCAAAGCAUUAAUCUGACUGCUCCAUGCUUUUAGGAGAGAGGAAUUGGAGAGACUGUCCCCUCUUCUCCCUUGCCCUUCCUAAGAGCCAUGGUCUGUGCAUUUGAGUGGGCUGCCAAGAAUGUAGUUAGAGAGCUGGGCAAAAAUGGGGAGCUGAUCCCUGUGGACAGCCUGAAGAGCUCCACUCGCUUCAGUCCCUACUGCUUGGUUCGGAAGAAGACCAGGAGCUCCUUGUUUCGGAGGUCACAGUAUGUUUGCCUCAAUUUGACUCUCAAGGACAUUCUGGAUCCCAGCUCCCCAGAACCAGAAGUGACCCAGCAUGGACCAUUCCACUUUAAUGAUGAGGUGGACGGGCAGGUGUCUGGCAGUGUGGAGGUGACUGCCUCUGUGCAGGGAAAGAUUUCAGGACAGACUUCAGUGUCAAACAAAACCAUCCUCAAAGUCAAGACUCUCAUCGUAUCCCCUAACACCUGGGACAGCUUACAGAAGGAAAGGACAAUGAAGGCACCAGAGCCCUCUAUCAUUCAGGAGCUUCAGAAAUGGGGAGAGAGCCCGUAUGUUGUGACAGAAGCCAUGAGGACCCAGAAGGAGGCCAUUCUGAAGAGGUCCAGAAAGAAGGAAGGCUUUGGGAAGAUCACCAUUCCUGGGGCCUCGUGUGUCCAGGGUGAGGGUCAGGGGAGCUUGAACACAAUGAAGACAGUGACUGUCCCUGAGGGCAGUAUACUUGCUUUCCAAGUUGCCAAGUUGAUUAUCCAGGACCACUGGAAUGUUCUUCUACUUCCAGACAAGAACCAGAAAACCUUCCCACCUAAAGUUACAGAACCUACAGUGCGUUUUGAAUCAGGUUUCCCAUUAAAAAGAAAACGCAGCAGAUGCAUAUAUGAGUUCGCUUUCGGCAUGGUUCCAUCUAGCAGGAUAAUGAAUGAUUUUUCAGGAGGCGCUGAAGAAUCUUGCCUCUCAGGUUUUGCCAGAACAAUGAAAAUCAACACAGUCUUAGACUUUGAGCAACUGCAGGCUGAGGUAGAGAAUGAACACCGCCCACUGACCAUGCUGGACAGGGAGUUGCUGCACUUUCUGCUUCAGGCUCUCCUGGGGCUCCUCCAGCGUGAGCAGGAUCUGCUGGACUUAGAAGACAUGCUAGAACAGAGUUUGUACACUGGAGUACCCCCACAGAAGGUGAAGGGCAUGACAGGCGAUAUCCUAAGUAACCUGCAAGACCAGAAUGGACAACUUGUGGAGGAACUAGCAGGGGCUUUCCUCUAUCUCCUUGGAGCUCUGAAUGCCCUGAGUGACAUCCAACAUCAACUCCUGAUCCAGUUGCUACAGAAAAAGGAACAGAUCCUGUCCCAGGAGGUAGAACUGGUGAAGGCAAUUCUGAAGGAGAACUUCAAUCAGACCAAGAAGAGGACUUUCUCCCUUCCUUCAGAGCUACUGUCCUUUGUCCAGGGCCAGGAUGAGGAGUCGACCAUUAUGUGUGAUCUGUUGGAAGAGUGUGGACUGUGGCUCUCAGGAGAUGACCCCCAAUUUACCUGGAACCCCAGUGCUCUGCACUCACUUUGUGCAUUGUAUGGGAGUCUGGUGAUGCUGCAGGCUCUCACUGAGGCCUGAUGACCUAGCCCCAUCUUUCCCAACCCAUUUGAUACCUCCUCCCCCUAUGUCAGCCCCAGGCCCAGUGCAUUAGGGGACAGCCCUAUUUCACAACACAGGAUCAUGACAUUUGUUUGUUGGGCCUUCCCCUGCUGCUGCACUAAAAAGAAAUCCCCACUGUGAUGUUCUAGACCAGUGCUCAUUCAGCCUCUGCUUGAAGACCCCAUUGCAGGGAAACCCACCACCUCUCAAGGCAACUCAUUCCCCUUUUGCACAGCUUUUAUUAUUAGGAAGUUUUUUCCUAACAUCUAGCCUUCAUUUGUCUGUUUGCAGCCUCUGUCCACAGCUCCUUCUUCUGACCUCUCAGGUCAACAGACAAGUCCAUUCCCUGCUCCGCAGCCCUUUAAAUACUUGUACACAGCUAGUAGGUCACCCCUGUGUCUUUUCACAUCCACAGCUCCUUCAGCUGGUCCUCACCUUUUACCCCUUUACUCUUGCGGUUGCUCUCCUCCGGACAUCAUCCAGUUUAUCGGUGCUCUUAAACUGUGGUGCUCAGACCAGGUGAAAUGUGACCAGGGCCAAGGUGGAACUGUCACCUGCCUCUUCUUGGAAGCCAUACCUCUCUUGAUGCAGCCCAAGAUGACCUUAGCUUUUGAAUUGUCACAUCACAGUACUGACUCAUUGAGCUUGUAGUCCAUUAAAACCUCCAGAUCAUUUUUUUUUUUAGACACACUCUUGUGUAACCUUGUGUUGAUAUUACAUGGGGUCAUUAACUUCUCUUUGUCCAACUCUAAUUUUCAUGUACUUUUCUUCAGUAUGCUUUUGUACCUCUUUUUUCAGGUUAUUAAUUCUCUUUUCCUAUCUUUCUUUCCCUAGUUCUUCCUUCUUUUCCCAUUUUCCCCUCUACUGCUCUCAUUUGGUUUUUAAAUUUAUAUUUUAGCUCUGUGAAAAAAACUUUUAGGAAUUCUUGUCAGACCUGUGUUCAAGUUGUAUUUUCUUUUGAGGCUUUCUUAUAGAUAUUUUCCAGUCAUUCUCUUCUGCCUUUAUGUAGAGCUUCCCUUUCUUCAUAAUAGCUCUUCAUGGUGGGAUUCUUUUUUAGUUUGCUCAUUCCAAUAGAUUGGAAGCUCCUUGAGGGCCAGGCUUAUCUCUUUUUGC